AAUGUAUGUAAAAGGGUUGCCUACCAUAGGAAAAAAAGUUGCCAAAUAAUGAAAAAAAAUAUUAAUAUUGUUUGAUGAUGUCUGUACUUUUUGCACCUAUAGAUACCAUUGGCGAUGCUCUCUGUUUUCUUUUCAUAAAGUCAGACUUUUUUUAGUCAACCAUUUUCACUCUAGGCUUCUCACUUAUUUGAGGGUGGUCAUAAAGAUAUCAGUCACAACCAUUUAGCUUGAAAAGAUAGACUGACUGAUCUGUUAGUGGGUUUCUUUUCUUCUAAACUUGUUUGUUCCUCAGUUUCAUUUUCAGGUUAUUUUCCUUUUUUCCUUUUUUUCUUUUGAGAAAAAAGGGGAAAUUAAAAAUGGCUAAUUGGUGUCAAAAGCAUGAGGAAGUACCACUGAGUAAACAGCUUGCUGUGACUGUGAAAAGCAUCAAAUGGAGCUAUGCAAUUUUCUGGUCAUUUUCAACCAGAGAACAAGGGGUGCUGGAAUGGGGUGCUGGUUAUUACAAUGGAGACAUUAAAUCUAGGAAAAUAGUCCACUCAAUGGAGCUUGAAACCAAUAAAACAGGCUUACAAAGAAGUGUGCAAUUGAGAGAGCUUUACAUGUCUCUGUCGGAAGGUGAAACUGACCAACAAGCUAAAACUACAUCAUCAUCUGCUGCUGCAUUAUCUCUUGAUGAUCUCACUGAUGCAGAGUGGUAUUACUUGGUUUGCAUGUCGUUUGUGUUCAAACCUGGUCAAAGUCUUCCAAGCACGGCAUUAGAAAAGGGACAGCCUAUUUGGUUAUGCAAUGCACAAUAUGCAGAUAGCAAUGUAUUUUCUCGCUCUUUACUAGCUAAGAGUGCGUCAAUUCAGACAGUGGUCUGUUUUCCUCAUAUGGGUGGUGUAAUUGAGUUUGGAAUAACAGAUUUGGUGCCAGAGGACCAUAAUCUUCUUCAACACAUCAAGGCUUCUUUACUAGAUAUUUCAAAACCUACUUGCUCAGAGAAAUCGCCUCGUUUUCAUCAAAGAACAAAUGGUGAUGAUGAUGAUGAUUAUGGUCAUGAUAAAGACCAAAUGUGUGUUAAGGUUGACCAUGAAGAGUUGAAGUUGAAUUCUCCUGAUGAAUAUUCUUAUGGCUGUAAGAAUGAUCACCAGCCAAAGGGUCUCAAUGAUGGGACUUCACAAGUUCAAAGCCUGAAUCUCAUGGAUGAUGAUUUCAGCAAUGGUGUUCAAGGCUCCAUGAACUCAGGUGACUAUGUAUCUGGGGCUUUGGUCAAACAAGAAAAGGAUAGCCAGUCCUGCUUUGCAGCAUGGAAUAAAAGAGGACAUGGCAAUAAUUAUAGGCCAAUUCUACUGCAGGAAAUGUUGAAGAGCAAAUUGUUUACAGUUCAUUCAUCUACUCUUGAUGGGAUUUUUAGUUUGAACCUUAAAUCCAAGUGUCAUUAAUGCACCAGUGGAGAAGAUCAAAGAAGCUCUUGAUCAAACUAGUCAGCUUCCAUAUGCGCAUAGAGUACUCAGCUCUCACGCCACAGUCUUAUAUAAGUGUAAUUUGUUUCACAUGAAAUGGUUGGUAGGAUGAGAAUAAAGAACUAUGCAAUAUAAUAUGUUAUAUUUAAUCCUUUCUUCACUAAAUCUCUUCAACAUUACAAGUGAAUAAGUUCCAUAUAUCUUGUACCUAUUGUUUUACUAAGCUAUUAUAUAUAAUGCAAACCUUUCAAAUGUGACUAGAUGAACAUUAAGUAUGUGGUAUUAUGUUCAUGAUGUGUUUUACCAAGAAAUAUAUAAAUGAAUAUUAUUUAUAAUUAGGUGGAGAGGCUCUUAUUUAGAGCUGAAAACACCAGAUUGAGGAGAGUUCAAUAUUAUAUUUAUGGAAACAUAUUGUUAAUAAUUAUGUUUAUGUAUAAGAUACUAUUUGCACUCGAUGAUGUAAAUGUGACAUGCCAACUGUGUCUUCACUUCAUAAUUAGACGAACCACUAGCAAAGGCAUCAUUAAUUUAUAGUCUCUCUGCCAUGCAUCGUUGGGAAUGUGAUCUGCUGUCCCCAUUGUGUGUCUCGCUCCGUUCACACCACUGAAAAUAUGACAACUCAUUUUUGUUAAUUUGCUUUUUAUAACUCUCGUCAAAUAAGGAAAGGGGGCU